GCUGACCGGCUAAACAUCGCAUUUAAUUAGCCAACCAGCCAGAGGACAGAGAGGAACAGAACGUUUUACUUGUUCAUUAGCUAUGCAUUGAGUUUUGGUAUAGCCAACCCCAUCACAUGAGCUGGCAUCAACGCCAGAGCAACUUGAUAACUCACAUAUAAUUAGCAUAUGAAGAAAUCCGACUAUCUUCACAGCAUUUUGUCCUUUUGAAUGGACCUGAUGGGUUUUCUGGGCAAUCAGGCACGUGGAAAAUUUAUUAAAUUGGCCAGCUUUGGUCCCCCUACCCCCCUCCUAAACAUGCAGCAUCUGUUUGUGCACAUGCAUGUAAAUUUAAUUGAAUUACUCGUACAUGCGAGUUGCUUCUGUGACCAGGACCUUUACAAAUUUCAAGCCAAGGAAUAUCUCACAAAGUCAACUAGAGGCAGCAUUUAUGCAGAUGGAAAAAAAGUGGUGGUGGUGGAGGCGGCGCAGCAGGUGGUGGUGGCAAAAACAAAGCAGCUGCUCCGGCCGCAGACAAAGCUGGCGCCAAGAAGGGACCAGAGCCCAAGGCAGGCGGCGGCGGCGGCGGCAAGAAGGGCGGCAAAAAAUAGGACAUCACAUUGCCAGGAAAGCGCAUUAAAUUAAAUAUUAGAAUAAAUAUGUAUGCA